UUUGCCAAAACAAAAUAUCUGGGUCUAAUACACCACAGUUCGUUCAGGUUAUGGGCGGAGGUAUUUCAUGUUUCAGCUAGUGGAGCUGGAACAGUUAAAUGGCAACAAGUUUCAGAAGAUUUGGUUCCUGUCAAUAUAUCAUGCAUACAAGAUUCGCCCGAAUGUGUAUUCCACAUAACGGCCUACAACAGUCAAGUGGAUAAGAUACUCGAUGUGCGACUUGUACAACCAGGUACUCGCAUUGGCCAGGCUUCAGAAUGUUUUGUUUACUGGAAGGAUCCUAUGACCAAUGACACUUGGGGUCUCAAUUUUACAUCACCCAUUGAUGCCAAACAAUUUCGUGAAUGUUGUGUAAGUAUUCCCCAAACGGUUAAGCAAAGCCAACCUGGAAUACUUUAUUUCAUCAUAAUAAUAAAAAUCUUCAUAAAUUUACAUAAAAGAUCACUAUCAACAACAUCUUAACGACAACAAAGUUCUGUGCUGACAUUCUACCAUAUUAUACAAAUUGUUGUAUUCAAUUGUGUCUCAUGUCUUUCGUUUCGUCUAAGCUAAACUUCAACAGCUUUUUUCUUCCAGUGUAAACUAUUACUAAAUGUAUUAAUCUAUUUAUCUAUGUUUAGCUCUUGUUCUUGAAAUCUUUGUGUAUUACAAUUUCCACGUUUGCUUUGCUUUUGCCGUCCCAAACAAGGUUCAGAAGUGCAAAUCCGAAAAAAAAAUAAAUAAUAAAAAAAAUCGGUCAAUAUCUCAAGAAGAUGAUU